AUGGCAUCCCGCACUUUCUCCCGCGCCGUUCGCUCGCCGCUGCUCAAACAGCUCAGCGCCCCGGCCCGCCGCACUUUCGUCUCUGCUAUCAAUGCCUCUGCCAGACCGGCUGCUCGUGCUGCUGUUGCGUCUGCUCAGCAGGUUCGUGGUGUCAAGACCAUUGACUUUGCUGGUGUUAAGGAGGAUGUUUACGAAAGAGCCGACUGGCCAGCCCAGAAACUCCAGGACUACUUCAAAGAUGAUGUGAUGGCUAUUAUCGGAUACGGAUCGCAGGGCCAUGCUCAAUCGCUGAACAUGCGUGAUCAGGGCCUCAAUGUUGUCGUGGGUGUGCGCAAAAAUGGUCAGUCGUGGAAGGAUGCUCAAGAGGAUGGGUGGGUGCCAGGAAAGAACCUCUUUGAGGUUGAUGAGGCAAUCUCUAAGGGUACGAUUAUUAUGAACUUGCUCUCGGAUGCGGCGCAGAGUGAGACUUGGCCGGCUAUUAAGCCGCAGAUCACUAAGGGAAAGACUUUGUACUUCUCCCACGGUUUCUCUCCGGUUUUCAAGGACCAGACCAAAGUUGAUAUCCCAUCCGAUGUCGAUGUUAUCCUCGUCGCUCCAAAGGGCUCUGGUCGUACCGUCCGAACUCUCUUCAAGGAGGGUCGUGGUAUCAACUCUUCCAUUGCCGUCUUCCAAGAUGUCACUGGUAAGGCCAAGGAGAAAGCAAUCGGACUCGGUGUCGGUGUCGGAUCUGGUUACCUAUACGAGACAACUUUCGAAAAGGAGGUCUACUCUGAUUUGUACGGUGAGCGUGGUUGCUUGAUGGGUGGUAUCCACGGUAUGUUCCUCGCACAAUACGAGGUUCUCCGUGAGCAAGGACACUCUCCAUCCGAGGCCUUCAAUGAGACCGUCGAGGAGGCCACCCAAUCUUUGUACCCAUUGAUUGGUGCCAAUGGUAUGGAUUGGAUGUACGAGGCUUGCUCCACCACCGCCCGUCGUGGUGCCAUUGACUGGUCUGGCAAGUUCAAGGAUGCUCUCAAGCCUGUAUUCAACGACCUUUACGACUCUGUCAAGACUGGAAAGGAGACUGAGAGAUCUCUUACUUUCAACUCCCAGAAGGAUUAUCGUGAGAAGUAUGAGGCUGAGAUGAAGGAGAUUCGCGAGUUGGAGAUCUGGAGAGCUGGAAAGGCUGUUCGCUCUCUCCGCCCAGAAAACCAAAAGUAG